UCUCUCUCUCUCUCUCUACGACUAUAUAUAAAACCUUAUCUCUACCCAUCCUCUCUUCUCUCUCAGAUUCUUUUGUUCUUUCUCUCUUCCCCCUUCUCUCUUCAUCGGUUUCUUCCGUAAAUAUUUUUUGCCAAUCGGAAGAUUUCCGACUCUCAGCUUAGCCUAGGGUUUCGUUUUUUUCUUCGAUCUAUUAUUUUUUUUCAAAUUUAGUUCCUUGGGUUUAAAUGAUUUGUUAUUUGAAUUUCUGUGUUGUUAACAAUUUUGGAUUAUCAGCUGAAUUAUGAGAGGGGCAGUUGUUGAGCAAUCUCAAGUUGAGAAGACUGAGGAUGUUGAUAAGGAUAAGAAGAAGAAGCGUCGAUCCAAUCGACGAUCCAAACAAAAUUCCUCCGUUUCAGAUUGUUGUUCGCUAAAUGAAUUACCAGCAGAACCUUCAGAAAUAAUGGGAGCUAGUGGCACACCAAACGAGCAACGACUGCCUGGAGCAUGUAAUGUUGCUUUUAAUUCAUUGCCAACAGUACAUAUAAAUGAACAAACAGCACUACAGGAGGUUAGAAGUAUGCAAAAUCAGCUACUGUUUUCGUCUGAUUCUGGUGGAAGAAUGCUUUUAAAAUCAUAUCCCAAGACAAUUGCUUGCAAGGAGUCAAUGGGGUUAUAUGCAAGUAAGGAUUUUCUUAUGUCGCAUCAGACCUGUCAUCAGAGAAAAUAUUUUGCUCCUCAUUGGUCUGUUGAAUCUGUUAGUGAGGCAUUAGAGAAAGGCAAUGUCUUUAAAGCGCUGUUUCGUGUGAAUGCUCACAACAGACUUGAGGCCUAUUGCAAAAUCGAUGGAGUUCAAACAGAUGUUCUCAUCAGUGGAAUUGCUGCUCAGAAUAGAGCUGUUGAAGGAGACAUUGUUGUGAUAAAAGUUGAUUCUUUCUCAGCAUGGACUAAGAUGAAAGGGUCUACUGGGACUUUCAACAAUUCUGCUCCAUUGGAGGAUUAUAACUCUGUCUCUGAUGCCACUGAGUUGGUUGGUGAUAGCUGCAAAGGAAAAAACAAGGUAGAUGCAGUUUAUGAGUAUGUAAAUGGUAGAAAUGGCUCAUUUUCUCCAGAGAAGGGGUUUCAACACGAGGUUGGUACUUCCUCUGGUGCAAAUGUUGGUCCGGAAGUAAUUGGACAGCACAACUCUGUGUCAGAAUAUAGUUAUAGUUCUGUUAACGGACACUGUCCUUCUGCACUGGAUCUUUCACAGGCAGGUUGUUCCAAUGACCGGAAUGAUGUUACAAGUUCAGUAGAGAAGUUGUGCGUGUUGAUAAGCUCAUUCCCAUCAAAGAGACCAACUGGCAGAGUUGUGGCCAUUAUUGAAAGGUCUCCUCGUCGGGAUGCUGUUGUUGGAUUUCUUAGUGUUAAGCAGUGCCUUUCUUAUAGGGAAGGUUGCAGAAAGGAAAAUAAGAAGAAAAAGAAUUUGUUGUCAUCCACCAACCGGGAGUACAUUAUGUUGACACCAACUGACCCAAAGUUUCCUAAAAUGAUGGUAUUUGUGAGAGACUUGCCUGAUGUCAUCAAGAAAAGAUUGGAGGAUGGAGAUGAAACAACAGAAAUGGAACUUGUUGCUGCACAAAUUGAUGAUUGGAGGGAAGAAAAUUAUCUCCCACAAGCUUGUGUCAUGCAUGUUUUUGGGAGGGGUGGAGAGAUUGAAUCACAUAUUGCUGCAAUUUUAUUUGAAAAUGCCAUUCAGUCUUCUGAAUUUUCUGCUGAAUCACUUUCUUGCCUUCCACGUGUUCCUUGGGAGGUUCCACCGGAGGAACUUAAGAGCAGAAUAGAUCUAAGAAAUAUGUGCAUAUUUACUAUUGAUCCUUCCACUGCGACUGAUCUUGAUGAUGCGCUAUCAGUCGAAAGGCUAUCCAAUGGCAUUUUCAGAGUCGGUGUGCACAUCGCUGAUGUAUCAUAUUUUGUUCAACCCGACACAUCAUUAGACAUAGAAGCUCAAAUUCGAUCUACUAAUGUCUAUUUAUUGCGGGGUAAAUUACCUAUGUUGCCCCCAUUGCUUUCAGAGAAACUAGGAUCACUUAAUCCUGGAGUAGACAGACUCACCUUCUCAAUUUUCUGGGACAUGACUCUUGCUGGUGAGAUUCUGGACCAGUGGAUUGGCCGUACUGUCAUAAAAUCUUGUUGCAAACUCUCGUAUGAAAAUGCUCAGGCCAUUAUUGAUGGGCUGUUUAAUGUGGGUAGUUUUAGUACCUUAGAAGAUGGUUGCCCUCAAUUGCAUGGCCAGUUUGAAUGGUCUGAUGUUAUUAGAUCUGUUGAAAGCCUUCAUGUAAUUUCGAAAACAUUGAAGGCGAAGAGGUUUGAUGAUGGGGCAUUGCGUUUGGAAAGCUCCAAACUGGUUUUCUUAUUUGACGAAGAUGGAAAUCCUUACGAUGGUAUACUUUCAGAAAGGACGGACUCAAAUUUCCUCGUUGAGGAGUUUAUGCUUUUGGCCAAUGUGACAGCUGCAGAAGUAAUAACUAGAGCUUAUCCUGAUAGUGCAUUGUUGCGUAGGCAUCCGGAACCUAACUUGCGGAAGCUCAGAGAGUUUGAAGUUUUUUGUAGCAAACAUGGUUUCGAAUUGGACACUUCUUCUUCAGGUCACAUUCAUCAUUCAUUAGAGCGGAUUAGAGAAACACUCAAGAAUGAUUCUGUGUUGUUUAAUAUUCUCUUGUCGUAUGCUACGAAGCCAAUGCAAUUGGCAACAUAUUUUUGUAGUGGAGAUUUAAAAGACAGUGAAAAUGAUUGGGGGCACUAUGCUUUGGCUGUUCCUCUCUACACUCAUUUUACUUCACCGCUGCGUAGGUAUCCGGAUAUUGUAGUACACCGGACAUUGGCUGCUACAAUUGAAGCUGAAGAGAUGUAUUUGAAGUAUAAAAGAACUAUGCAAAAACUGAAGAAUGGGAAGGAAUUGACAAGAUGGUGCUUCACUGGUAUUUGUUUUGAUAAAGAUGCAGCAGAAUCGAGUGAAGGUCAGGAAGCAUUAUCUGCUGCAGCAUCAAAACACAGAAUUCCUUGCAUGGAAAUACUUGCGGACGUUGCUGCUCAUUGCAAUGAGAGGAAGCUGGCUAGUAAGCAUGUCAAAGAUGCUAGUGAUAAACUCUACAUGUGGUUUCUUCUCAAGAAAAAGGAGAUUAUAUUGAGUGAAGCAAGGGUACUGGGUCUGGGGCCAAGAUUCAUGUCAAUAUAUGUCCACAAGUUAGCUAUUGAGCGGCGUAUAUAUUAUGAUGAAGUUGACGACCUGAACGUAGAAUGGCUUGAAUCAAUAUCCACAUUGUUGCUCAAUUUAUAUACACAUAAACGCUUCCAGAGGAGAGGUAGCCCAGGGAACUACAGGACACUUGAAGAUGUUGCACUUACUGUGAGUCCAUUAGAGUUGCCAUUGGAUUUUCCUGGAGAUAGUGGUGACAUGGGCUGUGCAAAAGGGAAUAUUGAACCAAGUAGCAGUGGCUGUGCAUCUCAAAUAGUAGGGGAUACUGGUGUAGCAUCACUGGAUCCGGCACCCAUAUCAAAAUCGGGAAUUGCAGAAGCCAUUGAAAUUGAGCCUUCUGUAUUCCCCCUCACGCUGCACCUUCUCUCAACAAUUCCUAUUGCCCUUCAUGCGGUUGGUGGGGAUGAUGGUCCUAUUGAUAUAGUUGCAAGACUGUACAUGAGCUCAUAUUUCAGGUAAUUUGGAGUUUGGGAGUCAUAUACUAGUUGUUGCAGUUGACGGACUUAGGAUGUUGAAACAGAGUUUCUUUUUUUGUUUUUGGAAUGGAAUCUCUGUUGUAGAUAUGAAAUAGUAUAUCGUUGAAGUAGUUUUUGAAACUGAAUAAUCUAUGGCUGAUGCAAUUAUGUGUUCGAUAUUGGAUAUACAUCUUGUGUGGAAUAGGCCUUUGUUUUUGUUGGCCAUUUCCACCCAGUAUAACUCGGUUGACAUGCCUGUGUCUGCUAUUUCAGUGCCAUGCAUUGGAGUUGGAGUCUGAGUCUGAGUUUGAGUCUAAUUCAUUUUGUAUCGGAAGCUUUAGCUUUGUUAGACUGCACAACCCAACUAGUUUUUAAUGUUGGGUGGUCUGUUGUAGUUGAAUUAGUUUCCAAGACAUUGAUGCACUAUCUUGGCUCUCUGGAGUUUGGUGACUGUUGCGGUUUCAUGUACUCUUUCAAUCUUUGCUUGAACUUUUUGGGAUAUGUGUAUUGCUGUGCUUCUGUUGGUAAGCAAUUUAGCAAAUUUUUGAAGGGACAAUUAAACCGACAUUGUGUCGUUGCAAUGCUAAUGAUGUGUCAUUUAAUUA